UAAACCUGAAUCCCAAGCGGUUUAAACCAUCAAGAUUACCACAAUGCGAAAUUUUUAUAAAUACCGGCGUGGAUCGCACUCGGGUGACAAGUUUACACUCGAUCGUCGAGGUGUUUAGUUCGUUAUUGUGUUAAACAACUUUUACAAUCACAAACCUGCAAUAUGUUGCGUUAUUUGCUCCUGUGCUCGUUGAUCCUGGCUGUGGCCAUCGCAGAAGACCCAAAGAGUCCCUGCCCGGGUAAAUUUGACUAUGUAGAGUCCAAAGAAGGACAGUGGACCGGAACCCUCACUCUUGACUCUGAAUACUCUCUGCACGGCCUUUGGCUGCGCGUAUUCUUCGAUCGUGCUGUGAAGAAACUUGAGCCUGUGGGUGAAAUUAAAGAAGUCCGUACCACUGACGACGAUGCGAAGAAUUUCCUCAUCACAAAUCGCGACUACCUUCUGAAGAAGAACACGCCGACGAAGGUGACGUUCACGGUGACGUACGAGGGCGAAGAACGUCCGGAGUUAAUUGGCUAUCGAAUCAACGCGCGCGACGUGUGCCCCGAAGGCAGAGACUAAUUACCGACGACCAAGCUCUCCAAACACGACGACAGCACGAAGAAAACAAACCAGCAUGCUAUGACAAACAGCAAUGUUCCACUCUUUUUUAUUUCCUCGCACAAUUAGCAACAACACAGAAAACACAGAAAGAAAAUUAAAGAAAUUUGGUAUUUUAA